AUGGACAAGCUGCGCAGCGUUUUCAGCAGCAGGAAGCAUCGGGAGGGGGCAGCAAGCGGCUCGAGAGGCAACUCGCUAGACGGCAGCAUGUAUUACGAGCCUGUGCGCGAGCUGUUCCGCACCACGCUAGGCCAGGUGUACCUGGCGCGCAACAAGGAGAAUGGGCAGCAGGUGGUGAUAAAGAUGAUAGAACGAGGGCCGGCUGUGUCCAAGCACGUGGAAAACGAGCUGCUGAUCCACAGGCAAGCAGCAGCCUGGGAGGGGAAGUGCACGGGGCACACCCACAUCGUGCAGUUGAUAGAGGUCUUCCUCACGCAGCGCUUCCUGGCGAUAGUGCUGGAGUAUGCGCCGGGAGGGGACCUGCUUGACUAUGUGACCAGCAAAGACCACCUGUCAGAGGACGAGUCGCGCUGGUUCUUCCAGCAGCUGGCGGUGGGGCUGGCCUACUUCCACUCCAUUGGCCAAGACAACCGUGAGCUCAACCUCAACAACAAGCUGCUGACGGGGGACGCCACGCGGCCGCUGCUGAAGAUCAACGACUUCACGUACAGCAAGAGCGAGCAGAUCAAUAGCGACCCGAACAGCGCGCUGGGCAGCCUGCCCUACACCGCGCCGGAGGUGCUCAGCAACACGAUGCGGCACGGCCACCAGGCCGACGUGUGGAGCCUGGGGGUGGCACUCUACAAGAUGUGUGUGGGGCUGUACCCGUUUGAGCGGCUGGAGGAUGCGUCAGACGCGCGCACGGCGGUGCAGAAUGUGCUGGGCCGCAUCGCUCGCGUGGAGUACCGCAUCCCGGAGGACAUGUCGCCAGACCUGCGGGACCUGCUGGGUCGCAUGCUUGUGAAGGACCCGGGGCAGCGCAUCAGCAUGCCGGGGAUCAUGUCGCACCCCUGGUUCCGCCGCAACAUGCCCGAGGGCUUGCUGGAGCUGAACAGCAGGGUGAACCCGGAGAAGGCGCGGCAGAGCGAGGAGGAGGUGGUGGGCAUUGUGCGCGAGGCGCAGCUCAGCACGCGGGUCAUCGACGCCGACAACAUUGACGAGAUGGCUGACGACAUUCUGGCGGAGGAGGAGGCUGAUGACCUGCUGGAGGAGCUGUCGCUCACACGCGGCGACUACGCGUCGGGAUCGAUGCAGGACUGA